GUUCACUGACGUCACGAAUCCCCCGUCGUUUUCAAGGAAGAUGGUCAUAAUGGGACAUUAAGAAAAUGUGGAUGCAUUAUGGAUUUAAAGGAUUAAGUAUAUUCAGUUUCCAGGUCUGUGUGUGUGAAACAUGGAUUGUGAAUCUGGAGAGGUCCCUUCCAGGGCCAGAAGAACCCUCAGACGCUGGAGGGGUUUCUUUUGUGGUCCACAAAACCUUGCAUUGAAAGAUGUGUUUACAUGGCAGCUCUUCAAGACAAUACUGAUGGGUCAAGCCCUCUCCAUGCUGAUAUGUGGGACGGCGGUAACAUGUCAAUAUUUGUCGGAAGCUGGGGUAGCAACACCAAUGUUGCAAAGCUUUCUCAAUUAUGUCUUAUUGCUGCUCACCUACACUUUGGCCUUGGCAUUCAGGAAAGGGGAAAACAAUAUUUUUCAAAUUCUAAAAAGUAAGUGGUGCAAGUAUUUACUGAUGGCUUUAACUGAUGUGGAAGCAAACUACACCGUUGUAAAGGCAUACCAGUACACUACCCUUACAAGUAUACAGCUGCUGGACUGUUUUGUAAUCCCAGUUCUGAUGGUGCUCUCAUGGAUCUUCUUGAAGACCCGCUAUAAACCACUACAUUUCAUUGCUGUGGUUGUGUGCAUGCUUGGUGUUGGUGCAAUGGUAGGAGCAGAUCUGCUGGCAGGAAGAGAUCAAGGCUCCAGUAGUAAUGUUUUGCUGGGUGACGGAUUAGUGCUAGUUAGUGCUGCUCUGUAUGCUGUGUCUAAUCUCUGUCAGGAACACACAGUAAAAAACCUGACCAGGGUGGAGUUCUUGGGCAUGAUGGGCUUCUUUGGUACCUUGAUCAGUGGUGUGCAGAUGGCUAUUCUCGAACCUAAAGAUAUAUCGGCCAUCAUCUGGGACUGGAAAAUAUGUCUGCUCUUUGUGGCGUAUACCCUGUGCAUGUAUGGGCUGUACAGUUUUAUGCCUGUUGUUGUGAAGAUGACAAGCGCCACAGCGGUAAACCUCUCACUGCUGACUGCGGACCUCUUCAGUCUCUUCUGUGGCAUAUUUCUGUUUCACUUCAAUUUCUCAGGCCUGUACAUUGUGUCUUUCGUGGUAAUCACACUCGGUUUCAUCUUGUUCAACAUUGUACCGACCCACACAACAGAUCAGUCAUAUGACAAUGAUGGGGCAUACCAUCUUGCUUCAUCAGCGGAUAUACAACCAAAUGAAGAUGUUAUUAUAGAAGAUUUGCUGCGGAAGGAUAGAGUGGAGAAUCAGGAUGGGACAGGGUGCAAACCUUGCGAUGCACUGUGCGCCUCCAAAUAAUCCUCUACAAUGUAGAGUAAAGUGUUUUUUUUCUCUGUGGGAUAGACUAUAUCCCGUUUUUGCCAAAGGCUGCAAUUGAUACGUUUUAUGGAUUUUAAAUCCGAUCCCAUGUGCCUUUAACCUGUAUUUACUCUCACUAGGGUAUUCAUGCUAUGAGUUUACUGUAGAUGGGAAAGGCAGAAGUUUGUUUUUAAAAAACGCUAAUUGAAGAAAGGUUGACAUUUAUGCACUAUAUUGGGGAUGUUUAUUACAACCCUAAACCAAUCAAGGUGCUCAUAUCUCAGUUCCCGAGAAAAAAAGAAGGAAAAAAUAGAUGCUGCUUCAUGCAGCAUGAUCACUAUUUGUUAUCUUCGCUGUGCUGAAUUAUAAAUAUUAACAAAAUAAUGACUUUUUUUCAGAAUUAUUCUUUUUAGAUGUUUCAGAAACAAAUGUUCUUCUGGCACCUGUCAUUGGCAUCUUGUUUAAUUUGGUUUGUUACUGGCUUUAUCAUUUUUGGACAUGAUUUCAUCUGUAUAUUUAUAUUGUGUUGUUACGUAUCCCGAUUUCAAACAAGGGGAAAUUGUUUUGAUAAUAAAAGUAUGUGUUUUAACUAUGUAA